GUUUGUUAGAGACAAUAUUCUCAGUCUAUUUGAGGGGAAAUACAUAAAUUUAGGGCCUCCUAAAUGUGACUUUUUCUUUAUGACAACCUGCUUCAUUGUCAAUAUUUAAUGCGCAGGGAAGAUAAGAAGCAGACAGAUGCCACUUUCUUGAAAAAGUAUCCAUAAUAGUAGCUCCUUAUGGAUUGUUCUUUGUUCAGUUGCUUUGCUUAUGUUGCGGCAAUUAGGAUUGGAGUCCCAUUGUGCCGGGGCACUGUACAAACAUCAAGAGAAUGGAGCUUUGUUCUGAAGAGUUUACAGCCGGAAUGGGAAUGGGAAAGAAAAAGAAGGGGAAAAAAAGCCGGUGAGCCAGGGAAAACAGCUGUGGCACAAGUACUCCCCCUGGUGAUUGGGACUGAGUCCCAAUUAACAACACCUGUGCCACGAAUCCUCACUUCGUUAUUGAACUCCAUCGCUAGCCACCAUGGACUGGCCUGGCCAGAGCUCUUCAGCAUGGAGGGGAAGGAGAACAGGUGAAGCGACCCGGCUCUGAAGAGUGAGCGUCCUGCCCAGCCACCCCUCGAAACCCACCCCCGUAGAGCCUUGGGGAGACAGAAAUGCCUGCGGGGAUGAAUAAGCAUGGAUCUCGGUCUACUACCUCUUUGCCUCCAGACCCCAUGGAGAUCGUUCGGAGCAAGGCCUGCUCCCGCAGGGUCAAGCUGAAUGUGGGGGGUCUGGCGCAUGAAGUUUUAUGGAGAACCCUGGACAGGUUGCCACGGACCAGACUGGGUAAGCUCAGAGACUACAACACUCAUGAAUCCCUCAUGGAAAUAUGUGAUGACUAUAACCUGGAGGAGAACGAGUAUUUCUUUGACAGGCACCCGGGGGCAUUUACUUCAAUCUUGAACUUCUACCGCACGGGCAAGUUGCACAUGAUGGAGGAGAUGUGUGCUUUGUCCUUCAGCCAAGAACUGGACUAUUGGGGGAUCGAUGAGAUCUAUCUGGAGUCAUGCUGCCAGGCGAGAUACCACCAGAAGAAAGAGCAAAUGAAUGAGGAGCUGAAGAGAGAAGCUGAGACACUGAGGGAAAGGGAAGGAGAGGAGUUUGAUAACACCUGCUGCGCGGACAAAAGGAAAAAACUCUGGGAUCUUCUAGAGAAACCCAACUCUUCAGUAGCGGCCAAGAUUUUGGCAAUCAUUUCCAUCAUGUUCAUUGUAUUAUCUACAAUUGCCUUGUCACUUAACACACUUCCUGAACUACAAGGCAUGGAUGAAUUUGGACAAACCACAGAUAAUCCUCAGCUUGCCCAUGUGGAGGCAGUAUGCAUUGCAUGGUUUACAAUGGAAUACCUCUUGCGGUUCCUAUCCUCGCCUAAGAAAUGGAAGUUUUUCAAAGGCCCGCUGAACGCUAUUGACUUGCUAGCUAUUUUACCCUACUACGUCACUAUCUUCCUCACAGAAUCAAACAAAAGUGUACUUCAGUUCCAAAAUGUACGAAGGGUGGUUCAAAUAUUUCGGAUCAUGAGGAUACUCCGAAUUCUAAAGCUUGCCAGGCACUCGACUGGUUUACAAUCCUUGGGAUUUACACUGAGGAGGAGCUAUAAUGAGCUUGGAUUACUCAUCUUGUUUUUGGCCAUGGGCAUUAUGAUCUUUUCCAGCUUAGUAUUUUUUGCAGAAAAAGAUGAAGAUGAUACAAAAUUCAAAAGCAUCCCAGCUUCCUUCUGGUGGGCAACUAUCACCAUGACAACAGUAGGCUAUGGAGACAUCUACCCCAAAACUCUUUUAGGUAAAAUAGUAGGAGGGUUGUGCUGCAUUGCUGGAGUACUAGUGAUUGCUCUUCCAAUUCCAAUCAUUGUCAAUAACUUCUCUGAGUUCUACAAAGAGCAAAAGAGGCAGGAGAAAGCUAUCAAGCGCAGAGAAGCACUCGAAAGAGCAAAAAGAAAUGGCAGUAUUGUCUCCAUGAAUAUGAAGGAUGCUUUUGCUCGCAGUAUAGAACUGAUGGACAUUGUGGUAGAAAAGAACGGUGAAGGUGUAAGCAAAAAGGAUAAAGUUCAAGACAAUCACUUAUCUCCCAACAAGUGGAAAUGGACCAAGAGAACUCUCUCAGAAACUAGCUCUAGUAAAUCUUUUGAAACAAAGGAACAAGGAUCUCCAGAAAAAGCUCGGUCCUCUUCUAGUCCCCAACAUCUGAAUGUCCAGCAGUUGGAGGACAUGUACAAUAAAAUGGCAAAGGCUCAGUCACAGCCAAAUCUUAACACUAAAGAGUCAGGUCAGCCUGGAAAGCCAAUGGAAGAGCUAGAAAUGGAAACUGUUCCUGGCCCUACGGUCCCUCUGCUGACAACCCGUGCAGACGGGAUCAUUGACAUGAGGAGCAUGUCAAGUAUUGACAGUUUUAUAAGCUGUGCUGCAGAAUUUCCUGAUUCUGGGAGGUUCUCCCACAGCCCACUUGCUACACUUCCCUGCAAAGGUGGUGUUAAUCCGAUUCAGGAGCAAGUCAGGCCAGAGGUGAGCGGGGCCAGGUUUAUAGAGACAAAUCCCAACUCUGAAGGCAGCCACCACUCUUCUUUUUUCAUAGAAAGUCCCAAAGGGUCCAUCCAAGCCAGUAAUCCUUUAAAAUUAAGAUCUCUGAAAGUCAACUUUAUGGAAGAGGACACCAGCACAUUAGUACCAGCAUCAAAUGUACUGAGAAUAUACCCAGAUCCUUUCAAGAACAGGGGAGUUGCUGCUGCAGAUAGCUCCCUACUCUCUGAUCGAUCAUUAGUGAGUCCAGAAACCUCCAUCUAUACUACUGCAAGUGCUAGAACACCCCCAAAGUCUCCAGAGAAGCAGACAGCAAUAGCUUUCAACUUCCAUGAUGCCAGCAUACAUAAAUACAUAGAUGCUGACACUGAUGACGAAGGUCAGUUGCUUUAUGACUCAAGCCCUCCCAAAGGCCUCCCAGGAAACAUAAGCCCCAAGUACAGUGUUACAAACAGUGGUUAUCUAAAACAAAAGGAUAUCAUUUAUAGAACGGAGAAGAACCAUCUAGGGGCUGCUGCUUUACCCACCUCGCCUAAGUUGAUAGGGCAAAACUGCAUUUACUCCAUGGAAGGUAUUACUGGAAAAAGCCAGGGCAAUCAGGAGACGGUCAGACUAGAAAAUCACAUUUCACCAGAGGUCCAUGUAUUACCUGGUGGUGGAGGACACACUAACAUACGUGAUCAAAGCAUCUGAUGUGUGCUCCCCAAAAAAACUUGUUGAAAGUUAAAAGAAAUGUCUUUACACUCAACACAAGAAAAGAGCUUCUGCAUGGCAUGAACUUUGACUGAAACAAGCCACCUGUUUCUAAAAGUCUAGGAGGAGGUCCAGUGUGGGUUUGUGAAAAUGUCCUUCUCUGGAACAGCUAUACUAACAUUGCCCAAACUCAUGCUACCAAUGUCAGUCAAAAUAAGGACUACGAAUCUUGAUUACACAUCAGUCUCCUUUCAUGUCCUCCAUUGAAGCCAGUGUGACCAAAUAUACAUCCAAUCCCCUUGUACGAUGGAUCUCCUUUUGGAAAUGUUAACAUCUGAUUUGCAUUGCUUCUGUAAAAGAGGCCAAAGCAGCCAGAUUUAAACUCUGGAACAAAUUACUGGGGUCGGUAUAAAGUUAGCAGAAGUGCAACACUCGCUGCUUCAGAGCAGCUGUUCCAAAUAUUCCCUUCCACAGCUUCCUCUCUGAUGGAUACUAUGCCUAAAGGUAACAGGGAACACUCUCACUAUGGGGAAAAUCAAACCAUUUAAAACAAUGGUGGUCUAGAGAAUUAAAUUAUUAAAAUGCUCUCUGUGUGUUUAUACAAGAUAAUAGUACAAGAUACUGUAGGACCUGAAGUUUUAUUUUGAAAUAUCAGCAGGGUGAGUUGCACCACUUGUAUCUAAUUUAAAACACCCCCCAUUGGAACAUAGUGAAACCCGUGGCUAAAAGCAGUACUUACUUUAGGGCUAUAAUAUGGUCCUAGAAUAAACAACAGCCCACGCUGGGAGAGUGUGAAGGAGCCAUGCAGAAGGAGAAAUCUCCAGAGGCAUUUUGGUUGACUCUGCCAGAAUUCCUCCACGGUGCUGGGGGACAGUACACUUACGUGAGAGCUCAGCCCUUUUAUUGGGUGUAGCAUGCUCUUGCUUACUGUUCCACUACCCCACGUCGGCUGUCCUGUGCGGAAGGGUGGGGCCUGCGCCCGGCCUCGUUUGGAGAGUCCAAGCAUAGUGACAGCCCUAGGUUGUACAGUGCUUGUGUUGUGGCCAGCCCCUGUACAGGAGGGCAAGGAAUGGCAGGGGUGGCUCCUUGGGCUCCUCCCGCUGCCACUUGCACUCUCAUGCAAGGGUCACCUUGGAAAGUCAGAGAGGAGCUGGUCGGUCAGAAGCGUUUUGCACUCAAGCCGUGUCAAAUGAAAAGAUAUGCAAGUGUUAAACAAAUAUGCAAAAAGAGGGAUUGCUGAAUUCUGAACCACUGGCCUAGUUGUGCUCUCACUUGUAAUGAUGCAAAUCAGCAGCGACUCCUCAGAAACCAAACGGAGUUAUGCACGCGCAAAAUGGAAGCAAGUCAGAGAAGAAUCAGGUCCAGAAUUUUAAUAUCAUUCAAUCAGUUUUUUAGAAUUGACCAUUUUAAACAAAAACACAACUAGCAGCCACCAGCCUAGG